AAUGGACUCAGAUCAUCACCAAGUACUUAUGGGAGCAGUUACAGAAGAUGGCUGAAUACUACCGGCCAGGGCCUGCAGGAAGUGGGGGCUGUGGUUCCACAAUAGGGCCCUUGCCCCAUGAUGUAGAGGUGGCAAUCCGGCAGUGGGAUUACACCGAGAAGCUGGCCAUGUUCAUGUUUCAGGAUGGAAUGCUGGACAGACAUGAGUUCCUGACCUGGGUGCUUGAGUGUUUUGAGAAGAUCCGCCCUGGAGAGGAUGAAUUGCUUAAACUGCUCCUGCCCUUGCUUCUCCGAUACUCUGGGGAAUUUGUUCAGUCUGCGUACCUGUCCCGCCGCCUUGCCUACUUUUGUACACGGAGACUGGCCCUGCAGCUAGAUGGUGUGAGCAGUCACUCAUCUCAUGUUAUAUCUGCUCAGUCAACAAGCUCGCUACCCACCACCCCUGCUCCUCAGCCCCCAACUAGCAGCACCCCCUCGACUCCCUUUAGUGACCUGCUUAUGUGCCCUCAGCACCGGCCCCUGGUUUUUGGCCUCAGCUGUAUCCUACAGACCAUCCUCCUGUGUUGUCCUAGUGCCUUGGUUUGGCACUACUCACUGACUGAUAGCAGAAUUAAGACCGGCUCACCACUUGACCACUUGCCUAUUGCCCCCUCCAACCUGCCCAUGCCAGAGGGUAACAGUGCCUUCACUCAGCAGGUCCGUGCAAAGUUGCGGGAGAUCGAGCAGCAGAUCAAGGAGCGGGGACAGGCAGUUGAAGUUCGCUGGUCUUUCGAUAAAUGCCAGGAAGCUACUGCAGGCUUCACCAUUGGACGGGUGCUUCAUACUCUGGAAGUGCUGGACAGCCAUAGUUUUGAGCGCUCUGACUUUAGCAACUCUCUUGACUCACUUUGUAACCGAAUCUUUGGAUUGGGGCCUAGCAAGGAUGGGCAUGAGAUCUCCUCAGAUGAUGAUGCUGUGGUGUCAUUGCUAUGUGAAUGGGCUGUCAGCUGCAAGCGUUCUGGUCGGCAUCGUGCUAUGGUGGUAGCCAAGCUCCUGGAGAAGAGACAGGCGGAGAUUGAGGCUGAGCGUUGUGGAGAAUCAGAAGCCGCAGAUGAGAAGGGUUCCAUCGCCUCUGGCUCCCUUUCUGCUCCUAGUGCUCCCAUUUUCCAGGAUGUCCUCCUGCAGUUUCUGGAUACACAGGCUCCCAUGCUGACGGACCCCCGAAGUGAGAGUGAGCGGGUGGAAUUCUUUAACUUAGUACUGCUGUUCUGUGAACUGAUUCGACAUGAUGUUUUCUCCCACAACAUGUAUACUUGCACUCUCAUCUCCCGAGGGGACCUUGCCUUUGGAGCCCCUGGUCCCCGGCCUCCCUCUCCCUUUGAUGAUCCUGCCGAUGACCCAGAGCACAAGGAGGCUGAAGGCAGCAGCAGCAGCAAGCUGGAGGAUCCAGGGCUUUCAGAAUCUAUGGAUAUUGACCCUAGUUCCAGUGUGCUCUUUGAGGACAUGGAGAAGCCUGAUUUCUCAUUGUUCUCCCCUACUAUGCCCUGUGAGGGGAAGGGCAGUCCAUCCCCUGAGAAGCCAGAUGUCGAGAAGGAGGUGAAGCCCCCACCCAAGGAGAAGAUCGAAGGGACCCUUGGGGUUCUUUACGACCAGCCACGACACGUGCAGUAUGCCACCCACUUUCCCAUCCCCCAGGAGGAGUCAUGCAGCCAUGAGUGCAACCAGCGGUUGGUCGUACUGUUUGGGGUGGGAAAGCAGCGAGAUGAUGCCCGCCAUGCCAUCAAGAAAAUCACCAAGGAUAUCCUGAAGGUUCUGAACCGCAAGGGGACAGCAGAAACUGACCAGCUUGCUCCUAUUGUGCCUCUGAAUCCUGGAGACCUGACAUUCUUAGGUGGGGAGGAUGGGCAGAAGCGGCGACGCAACCGGCCUGAAGCCUUCCCCACUGCUGAAGAUAUCUUUGCUAAGUUCCAGCACCUUUCACAUUAUGACCAACACCAGGUCACGGCUCAGGUCUCCCGGAAUGUUCUGGAGCAGAUCACGAGCUUUGCCCUUGGCAUGUCGUACCACUUGCCUCUGGUGCAGCAUGUGCAGUUCAUCUUCGACCUCAUGGAAUAUUCACUCAGCAUCAGUGGCCUCAUCGACUUUGCCAUUCAGCUGCUGAAUGAACUGAGUGUAGUUGAGGCUGAGCUGCUUCUCAAAUCCUCGGAUCUGGUGGGCAGCUACACUACUAGCCUGUGCCUGUGCAUCGUGGCUGUCCUGCGGCACUAUCAUGCCUGCCUCAUCCUCAACCAGGACCAGAUGGCACAGGUCUUUGAGGGACUGUGUGGCGUUGUGAAGCAUGGGAUGAACCGGUCCGAUGGCUCCUCUGCAGAGCGCUGUAUCCUUGCUUAUCUCUAUGAUCUGUACACCUCCUGUAGCCAUUUAAAGAACAAAUUUGGGGAGCUCUUCAGCGACUUUUGCUCAAAGGUGAAGAACACCAUCUACUGCAACGUGGAGCCAUCGGAAUCAAAUAUGCGCUGGGCACCUGAGUUCAUGAUUGACACUCUAGAGAACCCUGCAGCUCACACCUUCACCUACACAGGGCUAGGCAAGAGUCUUAGUGAGAACCCUGCUAACCGCUACAGCUUUGUCUGCAAUGCCCUUAUGCACGUCUGUGUGGGGCACCAUGAUCCCGAUAGGGUGAAUGACAUCGCAAUCCUGUGUGCAGAGCUGACCGGCUAUUGCAAGUCACUGAGUGCAGAAUGGCUAGGAGUGCUUAAGGCCUUGUGCUGCUCCUCUAACAAUGGCACUUGUGGUUUCAACGACCUCCUCUGCAAUGUAGAUGUCAGUGACCUGUCUUUUCAUGACUCAUUGGCUACUUUUGUUGCCAUCCUCAUCGCUCGGCAGUGUUUGCUCCUGGAAGAUCUGAUUCGCUGUGCUGCCAUCCCUUCACUCCUUAAUGCUGCUUGUAGUGAACAGGACUCUGAGCCAGGGGCCCGGCUUACCUGCCGCAUCCUCCUUCACCUUUUCAAGACACCGCAGCUCAAUCCUUGCCAGUCUGAUGGAAACAAGCCUACAGUAGGAAUCCGCUCCUCCUGUGACCGCCACCUGCUGGCUGCCUCCCAGAACCGCAUCGUGGAUGGAGCUGUGUUUGCUGUUCUCAAGGCUGUGUUUGUACUUGGGGAUGCGGAACUGAAAGGUUCAGGCUUCACUGUGACAGGAGGAACAGAAGAACUUCCAGAGGAGGAGGGAGGAGGUGGCAGUGGUGGUCGGAGGCAGGGUGGCCGCAACAUCUCUGUGGAGACAGCCAGUCUGGAUGUCUAUGCCAAGUACGUGCUGCGCAGCAUCUGCCAACAGGAAUGGGUAGGAGAACGUUGUCUUAAGUCGCUGUGUGAGGACAGCAAUGACCUGCAAGACCCAGUGUUGAGUAGUGCCCAGGCGCAGCGCCUCAUGCAGCUCAUCUGCUACCCACAUCGACUGCUGGACAAUGAGGAUGGGGAAAACCCCCAGCGGCAGCGCAUAAAGCGCAUUCUCCAGGUAGGCCAAGGCUGUGGGGGCCGCAGAGGAAGCAGUGGGCCCAAUCUGGGGAGAAACAAUAGGAACCUUGAGAAAAGGAGAGGGGGAAUUAAGUAGAGAGGAAGACAAACAAGGAUAUAGUAGAGGGAGAGAGGUAGCGAGAGAAACAGCUCCAGCAUGGGCUGAGGAGUAAGUCCAAUAUGGUCUAGACUCCAGUGUAAGAGUAUUAGGUGAGGGCAUAGCUAUCUGGAAUGAAUCUAGCUUAUCAAUGGGAAUCAUAGCAUCUGGGAGGCCUAGGUGUGGGCCUUGUAUAUUUGGCAUUUUGGCCAUGGCUCAGAACUGAAUAGUAGUAGCUACUACUUGCUGAGCAUGUGUUUUGUGCCAGGUACUGUGCUAGGUACUCCGCACACAUUUCCUCAUUUAAUCUUUAUGACCCUAUGAAGUAGAUGAGCUUCCCUGUUUGACCGAUGAGGAAACUGAGGCUUGAAGAGGUUAAGUAACUUGUCUAAGGUCACAUAGCUGAUAAGUUUAGAGUCAAUAUGUGAAGGCAGACAUGUCUGUGCACUUUCCACUUGACAUUGCUUCACACCUUCAGAUGACCAGAGAGUGGAAAAAUAAAGCCGUUGAGGAAAAGCUAAAGGAAUAAAGUCUCUUCAGCCCAGAAGAGAUAGUGUCGAAG